AUGGGUCGGGCGUUCGGCUUCCUCUGCGCCGCCGCCGUCGCUCUCGGGUCGGCCUCGGUCCAGCUCGGCUGCGUCCGGGCGCAGGGCGUCCCGAGCCCGGGUUCGGGUUCGACGCAGACGGGGGUCACCAACGGCAGCGGGCAGUACGGGAUGUACUCCAACCUCGACCCGACAAUGGCCAUCGUGGUCGUCGUCACCGUCUGCGCCUUCUUCGUGAUGGGCUUCUUCUCCGUCUACAUCCGCCACUGCUCCGAGGAGUCCUCCACCGGCGGCGGGGGAUCCCGCUCGGCCGGCGCCGUCCUGCUCGUUGCCGCGGGCGGCGGGGGCGGCUACCUCCGGCGGGGCCUCGACCCGGGGGUCGUCGGGUCGUUCCCCGUGCUGGCGUACGUGGCGGUGAAGGAGCACAAGGUGGGGAAGAGAGCGCUGGAGUGCGCCGUCUGCCUGGCCGAGUUCGACGACUUCGACCUCCUCAAGAUCCUGCCCAAGUGCGAGCACGCGUUCCACCCGGAGUGCAUCGACGCGUGGCUCGCCUCCCACGUCACCUGCCCCGUCUGCCGAGCAAACCAGACCCCCGAUCCCUGCCCCCGCCACGCCGCCGCCGCCGCCGCCGCCGCCGAAUUGGCCGUCGACCAGAGGCCAAUAAGGAUGGUGGCGAGCGCGAAGGCCGGGGUGAGGCGGUCGACGAGCUACGACGUCCUGCUGGCGGCGAUAGAAGGGGGCUCGCGGAAGGGAGGAGGCCGCCUCUUCGCCGCCGCCACGCCGUCGGCGGCGGCGGAGAGGAUUUAUGUGGGGGAUGGGAUGGACGGCGGGGAUCGAGAGUUCGAGGUAGGAGAACAGUCGCUGUCUCGGCUUCCCGUGUAG